CCGAUGGUGUAUUUUGUGGAGGUUUAUUUCUAGAAUCUACCUAUGUUUGUGUUUCUAGACUAUAACUUUAUCGUUAUAUUCCAGCAGAAAAGGCAAAGUAGUUUAGAGUUAGGUAGUCGCUGAGACGCGACGACCGGAGUGAGUUGUGUUAUUUGUGUUCGAUAUCCGUUCGGAAUUCAUAUCUUCGUCACGAAAACAGUUCGUAAAAAAAAUAAAAACAAAAAAAUAUUUGACAUUGACAGAAUGGGCAACACAAGUAAGAAGUUAGCUGCAAAAUGUACAUUACUUACCAAAGAUGAGCAGAAGUAUGUAGCGGCAACAUUCAGGGCGGCCAGCAAAAACUCGGAGAGAAUACGGGAGGAUGAUCUCAUCGUGAGUGGAAAAGUAGAUGCAGUGUUGCUAGAAAAAUUCUGGGGACCCCAAAUCGACCCGAGAUUGGCGCAGUACCUCUCGAAUUUUUUAUUUGGUUCCGGUCAGCAGAAGUCACCGACGGUCGAGUUCAAUAGAUUCGCCGAGUUGUACGUAUACAAUGUGAGAGGUACAGUGGAUGAAAGAAUGAUGGUCACAUACAACAGUUUGGGCAAAGACUACAACGAGACAGUCGAGUUACCAUACCAGCUGCUGAAAGAAUACUGUGAAAGCAUAGCAUCGACGUAUAUAAAGAUAUUAAAGUCUUCAUCGUCGAAACGCGCGCGCACGUGGAUCGAGAAGGGGUUCAAAGGUCGCGCGUCGCACGUCCAGGCGCUGGGUGAGGCGGUAGCGGCCACCGUUGGGGGGGAUUUGGACUCCCCCCACCAUCACUGCACCGCUGAACAGUUGUCCAAAUGGUUACAAACAAAUACGUUAUUAAAGCAGUUAGCGGAAUUAGUGUUCCUGAACUUGUACGGGAUAAACAAGAAAGCGGGGGACGAGAGUCCUACCCCGGUGCCGGCUGCCAUGCCCUCGCUCCUCCCGCUGCCUGAUGGUCUAGACGCGAUGCCCGACUACCCAGCGUUCAUCGAUCUCUCCCACAUAGUCUGGUUGAACAGCCACAUACCGCAGAAGCAUCAGCACAAGUGGAGAUUCCUCUUCUCAUCGCAUAUUCACGGUGAAUCAUUCUCCACCAUGGCCGGUCGUAUACAAGACCAGGGCGCUUCCAUUCUCAUAAUCGAAGACAACAGUGGCUACAUCUUCGGGGGCUACGCCCCUGUGCCCUGGUCUCUGGGCCCGAACUUUAUUGGCAACGAGGACUCCUUCCUGUUCACCCUCGCGCCCAAGAUGCGGAUGUACCCGGCGACGACAUACAACAAUCAUUACCAAUAUAUGAACCAUCAUACGAAGACGCUGCCCAAUGGAUUGAUAAUGGGCGGCCAGUUCGAAUUCGGCGGGAUCUGGGUGAACGCGGACCCCUUUGGCGAGGGUUCGUCCGCGGAGUCCUGUAGUACCUACCGGGGGUACCGGCGGCUCAGCAAGGAGCCUGUCUUUCAUAUACGCAGUCUCGAGGUCUGGGGCGUUGGAGACAAGCCGGUCAUCGAUAAGGAAUCGGACGAACGCGAUGUGAGUGUCUUGGAUACAAAUCCAGAAGCAAAGGCCAUCUUGGAUAUGGCUGGCCGCACCCGUCACAGCGAAGGAAUCCGUGAACCGCCGCCAUUAUAAUGAACACACGGCUGUAUCUAAUAUCUCCGCUCGAUCCUGAAGUGGGCAUAACUCACUCUCCUCCCCAUAGUAAUUGGUUAAUUUAGCUGUUAAGGCACUAAGAGGUAAUAAAUAAACUUGUUUUCACAUUUAUUAAAUUAGUAAGAAUUAUACUCGUGUAUAUAUAUAUAUAUAUAUAUUAUAUAAUUUAGUGAAUACUAUCCCUGGCUUUCGGAUUGUUUUCCUUUUUAGAAGUAGUAUAAAAAUAGUGCAAUAUUUAUUCAUCUCCUUCAAAUAUGUAAUAUUAGUAUAAUUUUAGUAUUAUGCAGCAUUUAUUGUUUUCGUAUUGUGUUCUUGUUAAUAAUACGUACAUAAGUUGAUGACAAUAUGGAGCUAGUUAGGCAGAAAACAGCUAGAGGGAAACUUUGUACAAAAGUCGUUUGCUUGAGCACCUACGUUCUAUUCGUGUUUCUAUCACGAAGCAGUUGUGUUUGCAUGGCUGUGUUUCGGUUUGAAGGGUGGGAUAUGGCAGUGAAAUUACAAGGUACAGAGACAUAGCAAGGUAGUGUUCAGCAAUGGCAAUAUAUGAGCGGUAGCCUGGGCAUAAUAGUAUAUUCUGUAAUGUCCAUGGUGCAGAUCAUGUCUAUAGAUAACGGUUACCCUAGUGGCAUGGGUAACUUAAUUAUUUUUUCUGCGUCAACUUGGUAACUCAGGCGCACCUUACUACGCUGGAUCAAUGUGUUAACUCAGAAUUAUGUCUAAAGGCACAGGAUAACUUGUAUCUCGUAUAGCUAUACUGUAUUUUGUCAUGUCAUGACCAGAGGGAGACUUUGUACAAAAGUCGAUUGCUUGGGUACCUCUGUCCCAUUCGUGUUUCUACCGUGAAGCAGUUGUGUUUGCAUGGCUGUAUUUUGGUUUGAAGGGUGGGAUAUGGCGUGAAUUUACUGGGUACAUAGGAAUAACACCUGAAUUCUCAGGAAUGGCAACGCAUGGGGUGUAUCAUGGGCAAAACAGUAUACUCUGUUAUGUCCAUAGUACUGCUCAUGUCUAUAGGCGACGGUUACCACUUUCCUACAGGUGGGCCGUCAGCUUGUUUGCCAAUCUAAGUAGUAUAAAAAAAAAAUGUGCCAAAAAAUAUUACGAAAAAAAAAUGACUUUCCUCUAUGACUGACUCUAUAUUUUAUUGCAUUUAUUUACAUUUUACAAAUAUUUCUCCACGCCCAAAGCCUAUUUUAUCUUUCUCAAACAAUAUCCCGGUACUGCGCUGUGCGCUAACACAUUUUGUAAAAGAGAGUUGUUGUAAUUGCGCGGCGUAGCGUUGUAUUAUCCAUGGCUAGUUACCACUAGGGAGGGAGAGGAGGCGAUUGUUAAUAAUGAGAUCUAACUGCGCCAUUGCCAGUAAUGGGUGAUAAUGAAAUGGUAACCCCACCCGCGCUAUCCCUUCCCCCCAUUGCUAGUAAUACAUCCUAUUAGGUCGACCUUCACGCGGCUCCUCCUAGAAACCAUCGUUAUUAAUUCUAGUGGAAUUCAUCACGAUGGGCUAACUGACCUGCUUUCAUCGUCACCUAUCAUUCCUCACUGGUGCCCCGCCAGCGUAUACCGAUACCGCAGGCGGGAUUACCAUUCCAUUAUUAUCCAUUGAAAUGGUUACCACUAGACAUGGGUAAAAUCUGUAACCCUCCAAUAUAUCUUAAUAUUGGGUUUCUCUGAACAUUCAUGGCGAAAAAAGGUCACCACCCAUCUCGAUAUCGCCCAUACCAGUCGGAUAUCUGUAUUAAAUACAAUCCGCUGCUUCAUUCCAUAUAUUAUAUAUAGAUAUUGGUGUAUCCCCAGUUACCAUUUCCCAUCAGAUGGACCGUCAGCUUGUUUGCCAUUCCGAGUGUAAUAAAAUUUUUCAUUUAUUAACAUCAUAGGUAAUAUAAUAAUAAUAAUAAUAAUAAAUCUCUUUAUUUUCAGGUAUAUACCCAUAGUUAACAUUUUUAUAUUAUUAAUUAAAUAAAUUGUUAUUAUUAUUUUUAAAAUAUACAUCAAUUAUAAAAUACCAAUUUAAAUUAUUUCGUUAUAAAAUCUCUUGUCGUCAGGUAUGCUGUGAGAAAUACAGUCUUUACAAUAUUAUUACUUGUUGUCAUUAAUCUGUCAUGAAAUUUUGCCUUAUAAUUACGUAAAAUAGCAAAAAAAUCAUUAACCCUGUUCUCUGCAAACAUGCCAGACGCACUACACCGCCAUGGCAAGUUGAGCAUCGCUCGGAAUGCGUUAUUGUAUUGCACACGCAGUGUGUUAUAAGCCCUUUUCGUAUAACUAUACCAUAACUGGCUGGUGUAGAAAGCCUGACAAUAAGACUUAAACAAUGUCAAUUUGACUAGCUUCGAACAGUGGUUAAAUCGUCUAGCCAGCAUAUUGCUUCUACAUGCAAUGUUACGCCUUUGUCUCUCCAGAUCGCUAUCAUCUUUCAGAUCUUCUGUCAACAUAUGUCCAAGAUAUUUAAAUUUAUUAACUAUUUUUAAAGUAUUCCCACAUAAAUUAAUUUUUGGCAAAAUUUCAGGUCCCUUUCCAUAUUUAAAAAUAAUAAUUUCCGAUUUAUUGACAUUAUAUGUUAAAUGAUGUAUCUUUGCAUAUUGUUCACAUAUUUCAAUUAGUUUUCUAAGACCAUUGGCUGACGGACUCAGCAAGACCAUGUCGUCCGCAUAACUGAUAUUAUUUAGGCUUACACCACCGAUAUGGCAGCCAACUCUAGUCCCACCGAGUCGGCCAAUCAAAUCAUUGAUAUAUAAAUUAAACAGAACAGGUGAGGUCAGCCCACCUUGUCUAACUCCACAUGUAAGUUUGUAGCUCUCCGACAACACGUUACCCCAUCUAAUUUGAUUUAACUGGUUUUCGUACCAAAAUUCCAGUAUAUUUGUAAUAUUAGGUGGAACCCUUGUCUCACGCAAUUUAUUCUCAGUAGUCUGUAUGUCAAAUCUAGAAACGUAAAUGUAGGAUAACUUUGGUACAAUUUUAAUUAUAUCAGAUGUUAAUAGACGUUUUCCCUGUUUGUUGUUGUUUCUUUGUAUAUUUUUGUGAAAUUUCUUUCUUUUAUUUACAAUAGUCGUAAAGCUGUUAUCAACACUGGAGUUUUCAGAAGUUUUACUAUUAUUAAACUUAUUUUGCACUGGGCUACUCGACGCGCUCGCGGCAGCAUACGUCAACAAUUGUUCUUGUUCAAUCCUAUUCCUAUUCACUGAAAGCCGCGAAACUGUUAGCGGGCGUUCUGCCCUUUUUAUUGGCAGCGCGACGGUAGAGGUCGCGGAAGGUUGCGGAGAAUGAGUCAACUUAUUAUAAGUACACGGUUGUCGGUUGCUAUCAUAAACUCGCUUACCCUCACCUUGCUUCUCCAAUUGAUUUUUCAUACACUCUUCUUGGUUAUUUUUGGUUUGCGAUGAUGUUAAUUGUUCCAACUUUUCUUGUAUAUUUACUAGAUCAGAAGAUGUCACAUAAUCGUUUCGAAUGCGAUGAAUAUCUUGUUUUAGUACUAAGAUAUCUUUUAAAAGCGUAGUGACGUCCACGUAAUCAAAGGUUACUGGCGGUAGUUUGUAUAAAUCCUUAGCUACAAAAAUGGGCAGCGUUUUGCCUUCACUUUCCUUAAGAAUUUUUAUUAUAUCUUGCAGUAAGCGCUUAGAUUUGCCCUCGCCUUUCCUCGAAGAGCGCAGAAUAUUAUUUGUUGCUUCACCAAUAAUAUUUCUAGCCGUUUCAAUUGCACUUUCAGAAAAGUUUGAAUCACAUAUUUGCACUAAACUUAUUUCAUCCAUGAUAUCAACUUUACAUUGAAGGAAGCACAACAAUUCAUUAAUGACCAUUCCAUUAUUUUGACUUGUCAUGAUCGAAUAAUGCACUUGCACAAUUUCUACAUCAGAGAGGCAAUGAAAGUCGACCGAACUGAACGAGCAGCGACCUCUGACUGGCCCUCUGAUAUGGCCGUUCUGCAUAACUAGCUCAAUAUGUCAUUCUAAACGAAAUGCGCUUUAUAACAGCGUUUUAAUUUUGUUUUAGUUACAUCCAUCCCCGUUGUAUUGGAUCUUGUUUAAAAAAGUAUAUAAAAACUAUUUGGGUGAACGCUUUUGUGGGAGGUAAUGAAUAUUUUGUAUUUAUUUUCUCGUCUCUACAAUUAUGCAUUAGCAUGCAAUAGCUUUAACUCUAACAGUCCACUGUCUAUCUCUAAAAUUAAAUAUUUAUUUUGAUGGUAUUUAUUUAUUUUAUUUGGGAUAACAACAGCUUUUUACAAAAUUGAAUAAAUAUUACAUUACAUUUACUACAUGCUAGCCAAUUAUAGUUGUCCACAGCGCAAAACAUAAGCAUCCGUUAAGCAAAUAAAACCAUAUUCUGUAACAAUAUUAGUAUGGUGCAUACGCUACAAUGCUCGCACUGUAGGUAUACUGUGCGAACACUACAGCCGAUGGUCCCACAAACCAUCCCGAGACCAAUACGUCACACUUGCGCUAACUUCAUGCGGUUGCGCCGCUAGGUAGUGUUGUGGUAAGUAUGGGUCUGUCGUAAUUUACACGUAUAAUGAAAUCUAUUCCAUGGAUCAGUAUUAAAUUUAUAAUAGAUCUGAGGCGAAAUCGCGUUAAAAUUAGUUCUUAAUGAAAGGAAAUAUGAAAUUUUUGCUUAACUAUCAAAUAAAUGUUUUAAUUUUAGAGUUAGAUUUAUAUAGGUAAUACUUCUGAAAUUAUAAUUCUGAAUUAAUAAUUCUGAAAGUGAGUGAGCACCUUUUUAAAUGUUGGUGAUUCAUGUUUGGUAAUAUUUAAUGAAAUUAAUGAUUGAUUCUCAAAAUGGGUUGUAAACGAAAUAAGAUCAAUAAUCUCUGUUUUAAAGAAUAAUACCUUUUAGAAUCAAUUCCAAUUAAUUUUAUCGUCAUACCAGCCGCCUGUCCACUACUGGCUACAUAGGCUUCUUCUUUGGGGGUUUUUCCAGUAGUUGCCACGCUUGGCAGGUAGAUUGGCAACUGCAGUUAGGCUUUCGUGAUGUUUUAAAAGUGACUUUGCUGUCCAUCACUCUACUAUUAAAUUCCCUUAGUCGCCUCUUACGACACGCACGAGAAAGAAAGUGGUGGUCCAUUCUAUGCCGGGACCACACGGCAAUUAAUUUAAUAAUUAACAUAUAUUUGUGAAUUUAUUAUAAGCUGUAAUUGCAUGUGCUUAUGAGAUUGACCGUCAAACAAAACAUAUGCAACGAUUCGGGUAACAUAUUAUGCUAAUCUCUAAGUUUGUCGUUUUAUACCACAUAGCUAUAGUGUGUUCUACAAAAGUAUAACAUAUGUUAUACUUUUUCUAGGGGGGCAACUAGUCAGACAUAUUUUGUUUUUUAAAUCUAAUAAACUACGUAUACACGGGUAUAAAUACAAAUAAUACGCAAUUACGCAAUAUGAUUUGCUCUGUAGUAAUUUUACAUAAAAACAAAUCGAAUGCGUAAGUUGCAUUAUCUAUGGUUUAUCAUUUAUGUCUGCGACUGAAGGACUUGUAUCCUUGGUCAUGAAUAAAUUAAAAAAAAAAAUAUCUAUGGUUUUGUUUCCCGCCAACUAAAUAUUAUUUUUUAAUAUAUUAUAUCUGCAUAGAUAAAUUGCACGCACAUAAAAGUUUUAAUUAGCGGACGGUUAGAAAUAAACUUUACGGCUAUAAUCGUAAGGUUUCGUUUGUCCAGUUUUUACAAAAAUCAUAAUUCUGUAGCUCGAUAUAAAUACAUUAAUCAUGUUAAACAAGUGCCAAUGAAUAGAAAGCCAUAUUAUUUAUAACAUAAAGUAUAUAUUUGUCUACUUCAAAGCACAAUCUUUGUGACAUUCCUACCUCAUUACUAAAAAAUUCAGCACUAUAGUUUUUUUUUUUUCAAGAUUAUGGUCACAUUUAAAGCCAUCCAAUCUCCCUUGUGGCCAAUUUUCACUUCAAAUUAAACAAGAAAAUGUAAAAUAAGCUUUCCAUGUAUGUCACACUUAUGUCAAAUUACUACACUAUUUCAAAUACGACAAAAAUAUUUUGAUGUUUAAAAUUGAACCCUAAUUUAAACUUUAUUAAGUUAAAUUUCUCUGUUUAUCAAAUGGAAUUUUGUAUUUGAAAUAGAGUAACAACACAACAUAUAUUUAAGAGAUCGUGUUUAAGACCAAGAAAGUCGAUAUUACCUGUUUAUUAAAAUUUAAAUAUAAUUUAAAUAAAUUUUUUUUUCGUUUAUAAAAAUAAUUGUAAUUUUUGGUAGAAAUUAAACAAGGUGGAUCAGAGAGACACCAGUUAAGUCUCACUGUCACAGUCACCCUCAUGUCGACCGUCAGUUACCAUAUUCCAUCAGCUUAUUUACCAUUCCAAAAUAUUUAAGUUUGAACAGGUAAUACUGAUAAAUCCUCUUAAAUAAACUUAUCGUUACUUACCUACCCUUUUUUGUUAGUGUCCAAAGAUAUUUAUUAACGUGAAUUAUGAGAUACGGUGAACGCUUAUUUUUAUGUGUACUAGAACAAGGAAAUGUGAGUGGGUUGUAUCUAAUUGUAUUUAAUUGUUUAAUUUAUUGUGAUAAUAAAUUAUUUGAAAUUUA